GUUUUGAUUAAAAACCCUUCCCACGAGCGUUGUCUGCACGUCUGCUGCCACUGUUGCUGUGUUUGUAACCGAUAGAAAGAUUAUCUUUGAUCCGUAUCAGGGCCAUGGGAAGUCGCGAGACCUAACUCGAAGUUGUCGCGAUACCUCCGCUUUGUUUGAGUCGUUGAGAAGGCACCAUGAGCGAAUCAAUCCAUCGCACGGGCCUGCUCUUGCUCUUCGCUCCUGUCAUUGCCUUUGCCUUGCAAGACCACCAAGACCCUCGCCACGGAAGGUCACUAUAAAUCGAGGCCUAGAUUCCACUAGUUUCCAUGUGUUCCUUCGACAGGCGACGUACUCUGAAGAACAACUAUGCCUCACGUUACCAGAAAGUGGGAAUUAUUCCCCGGUAAAAAUAAGUUUUGCUGUGACGGUCGCAUCAUGACGGCCCCUCACACCGGAGUGUUCUACGUUACCCUGGGCCUCAUUGUAGGCACCAGCGGGCUGUUCUUUACUUUUGACUGCCCAUUUUUAGCAACACGCAUUACACCUGCAAUACCUGUUGUAGGAGCGAUAAUGUUCCUCUUUGUCAUGUCUACAUUGCUGAGGACAAGCUUCAGUGAUCCUGGUGUUAUACCUAGGGCAACUCCAGAUGAAGCAGCGUACAUAGAAAAACAAAUUGUUCCAAGUAAUCCUAACUCACCAACUCAAAGACCCCCACCAAGAACACAAGAAAUUCGUGUCCGUGGUCAUCCUGUUAAGCUUAAAUAUUGUUUCACUUGUAAAAUAUUUCGACCUCCAAGGGCGUCACAUUGCAGUUUGUGUGACAACUGUGUUGAGAGAUUUGAUCAUCAUUGUCCGUGGGUUGGAAAUUGUGUUGGCAAAAGAAAUUACAGACAUUUCUAUUUAUUUAUUGUCUCUCUUGCAUUUUUGUGUGUGUUUAUUUUUGCUUGUGCAGUUACUCAUAUCAUUCUGUUGACUAGAGACGAUCGUCAGUUUUUAGAAGCCGUAAAGGAGUCUCCUGCAAGUGUGAUUGCGGGAGUUAUUUGCUUCUUUAGUGUAUGGACAAUACUUGGACUUUCAGGUUUCCAUACCUACUUGACUGCCUCAAAUCAAACUACAAAUGAGGAUAUAAAAGGACUCUUUACUAGUAGACCGGGUAUGGAAGGUCUGAAUCCUUAUAGUGAAGGAAAUGUGUGUUCUAACUGCUUUUUCGUUCUCUGUGCUCCCCUGACACCUAGUCUUAUUGACCGGAGAGGGAUAGUAACCCCAGAGUAUGCUGCAGAGCGAGCUGCUGAAAGGGCUCGAGAGCAGGAAUCCAGGGACACUGUAAUCGCAAACAACAAGUCAUAUGGAACAGUGAUUUCUCAGCAGCCUUCUAUGAAUGGAACGGCAUUUACAAAUGAAGUAAAUCCUGCUCAAGUUUCAAACGCAUCACAGCAAAGCCCAAUGCAACAAUUCCAGCAGCAACAGCAGCAGCAGUUCCAGCUGCAGCAAAAUUUCCAGCAGGAGCAAGUUCCAACUACACCACCCCCUCCUCCACCCCCCCAGCAGUUGGCGAUAUCUCAUUCACUGGGAAAUCACCUGCAGCAUGCAAGUGGAGGAAACCUUCAUUUUUCUCACGCGCCGGGACUGCCUGCUGUUAAUGGGAUGGAGCUUUCCCUCUUAGACCAUCAAGAGUUAAACGACUCGUCAAGUAACUUGAUGGUUGGCAAUGAGAGGAUUACCAUUCUUGGAAGAUCCAUGGAAGGGUCAGAACCUGCAGUUAUGGAUGAUCUAGACAUUGAUCUAGAUGUGCCAGUUGUAGGAGGAUUUGGUGGAAACCUGGCACCAACACUUAAUGCUGGUGAUUCAAGUGUCCCCCUGUCUGCCAGCAGACUGCAACUUCUCCAGGACACCACCAUGAUCGAGUCUGCACUCGACCUAGACUCUCUAGAAGAUUCUUCUGUGGGAGGGGGUAGCACAGCAGGUCUCAUUAAAAUGAACGGGUUGUGAUACUAAGUGAAAAGUAAGCUUUGAAAGACAAAAUGUGUUUACUGUUUAUAAUGAAGGAUUUUAAGAUGAUUUUUUGAGAGCUGUGCUCUUACCAAAAGGGAUUUAGUUUUGUUUGUAUGUGAGAUGCUCUCACCAAAAGGGAUUUAGUUUUUGUUUGCAUGUGAGAGAGUCAUUAAUAUUCCAAUCUUGUUCUCUUUUUUUAUAAAAUUUAAUAUUUAAAUUUUUGUGCUAAAAUUAAAAAGUUUUUGUCCCAUUUAUUGGAGAAUUGGAAACCAAUUCAGAUCAAAUGUUAACUAAUUCCAUACAUUCUGUUAACAUAAGUUAUUUUUGAAUCAAUUGUGUCAAAUAAGCUUAUAUUGUUAUAGUGCUUACUUAUCUUGUUGUGGACUGAAAGCCAAUGUAUUUUAUGUUAAUGUAAAUAAAGGCUUACAUUAAGUCUUACUGCUUCAACUGUGAACACUAAGCUUUGUUCGUGUGAUGUCUGUGCUCAAAUUAAAAAUGUCAGUGAAUAACAUCUGACAAAUGAAUGUUUAUUUUAUGCUCGCUUAUUUCUCUCUCUUGUUUUUCCUGUGUUAUCAAUUCAUUUGACAGUUAUUGUAAGGUGUUGAUUCUUAGUCAGAACAUAAUCAACACCAUUGUUUGUUUGUCUUGUGUCAUUUUUAUACUGUUUGUCAUGAGCUUUGAGUGGAUGCGCUCUGUAUGUGAUCAAAAUCCAGAAUAAAUCAGAUGAAAAAAAAAUCAGAAGAAUGUCUGUGUGACAUCACAUCUCCAAACAGUAUUAAUUUCAAUUUUUUUGUCUGUUCGUGAAAUGUUGACAAUAUUGUUUUGUUCUGAGUAAAAGAGGUGCAAAGUGCCAUUUCCUUCUCUUUUCCACUAAUUCUUAAUUUUUUUCCUGUCUUCUCUUUUUGUGUGGAAAGAAUGGUGUUUCAUUUACUGUAUCAUAUUUUCAAUUGAGAGAUGAUCAUCUACUGUGCCAUUCUUGCCCCUUGUGAUUACUUCAUGUAUCUUUAUUUUGUAGUCUUAUUAUUUCAGACAUACAUCAAAAUCCAUGGAAGCUUCUCUUAAAAUAGUUAAUUUACAGCUAAGUCUCAUGGAGCAGUGGGAAAAGAGCAGUAAAAGACCUAUGAGUGAUA